AUGUCUGCCCAUGGCAACGCGGACUCACAUUCACUCGAUGCCGCAGACAUGGCUGCGCCCAAUGGCGAUCUCGGGAACGGUACGCCGUCACCCAAAGAGGAAAGUGCGCAAGGGCAAGUGAAUGAGGCCGUGAGAGUGAAUGAAGACGCGCCGACGAUGGGCGUAAAUGGUGUCAAGCCCACGCCAAAAUCCUCUACUUCUGCGACCCCCUUCAGUCCUCCCGACUUUCCCUCUCCCACCCUCCGCUCUCCCAACGACCCCAUCACCACACCUCAUUCGAAGGAUCCCGAAAACAUUCCCUCGUCACCGUCCAGCAUGGCGCUCAGCCACCUUUCUGACCCCUCGGACGGAGACAAGUCGGACGGAGACAAGAAGUCGCCUCCGCAGGAACCAACUCCGACCAAACCCUCGCGCACCCCUUCGCAAAAGGACGUCCAGCGUCAAAUCUUCGAUCACCUCCCCGAUAGCACUCAAGAUGCUCUCGCUACGUUUGAACAAAUCGACACCUCGUGGUACGCCAACAAGUACAUGGGACAGACGGAGCAUGCGAUGGAGUGUGACUGCGCCGAGGAGUGGGAUCCUGAGUCCCAGAAGAACCUUGCCUGUGGUGAAGACUCCGAUUGUAUCAACCGAGCCACCAAGAUCGAGUGCGUUGGCGACUGCGCCUGUGGCCCUGACUGCCAGAACCAGCGAUUUCAAAAGAAACAGUACGCCAAGGUGUCCGUGAUCAAAACCGAGAAGAAAGGCUUCGGCCUGCGCACUGAGACCGACCUCGAUCCCCACCAACUCAUUUACGAAUAUGUCGGCGAAGUGGUCGGCGAGGCCCAGUUCCGGCGUCGCAUGGUCAAAUAUGACGAAGAAGGCAUCAAGCACUUCUACUUCAUGUCCCUGAACAAGGGUGAAUUCGUCGACGCCACCAAGCGCGGCAAUCUGGGCCGCUUCUGCAACCACUCGUGCAACCCCAACUGCUAUGUGGACAAGUGGGUAGUUGGUGAGAAACUCCGCAUGGGUAUCUUCGCGGAGCGAUCCAUCCAAGCCGGCGAAGAGCUGGUAUUCAACUACAACGUCGAUCGGUACGGCGCCGACCCCCAGGUGUGCCACUGCGACGAACCAAACUGUGUUGGCUUCAUCGGCGGACGAACUCAGACAGAGCGUGCCACCAAGCUGUCGCAUGCCACGAUCGAGGCCCUCGGUAUCGACGAUGACUUUGACAGCUGGGACACUGCCGUGGCUCGCCGUCCUAAGAAGAGAAAGACUGGAGAGAACGACGAAGAAUACGUCGACAGUGUCGGGGCCAAGAAUCUCGACGAGAAUGGUGUCACCAAGGUCAUGGCCGCCCUCAUGCAGUGCCAGGAGAAGUGGAUUGCCGUCAAGCUUCUCAGCCGUAUCCAGCGCUGCGAAGACGAGCGGACCCGCAACCGAGUCGUCAAAAUGCACGGCUACCAAAUUCUGAACUCCCAGCUUUCCCACUGGAAGGAUGACCACAAUGUGGUACUUCAAAUCCUGGACAUUCUGGAUCAAUUCCCCCGUUUGACACGGAACAAGAUCAUCGAUUCAAAUAUUGAGUCGAAUGUCCAGCCUCUGACCACCUGUGGCGAGGAGCGCGUGGAGAAGAAAGCGGCAGAUUUGCUUGCUACCUGGGCCACCCUAGAAGUGGCAUACAGGAUCCCACGCAUGAAGAAGGGCGACCAAGCCAAACAGGCCGUUAGCCACUUCGAACGCCGCGAAUCCGGUCGCGAACGUCCUCAGCGCUCUGUCACUCGCUCCCCCUCCCCCGUCGAACCUCAAGUCCCCAAGCCUCAAAAGCCCAAGGGCCGCUUCCAGGGCCGGUGGGGUCCAUACAAGACCGCUUCACCUCAUGAGCCUCAAAAGGCCGACGAGAAGAACAAGAAGAAGUCCAAGUACCUCGUUGGGGCCCGGCGCGAACCUGGAACCAACCUGCCUCGUGGAUUCUGGGAAGAUGACCCAACGUACCAAGCCCCCAAGGGCUGGUAUACCUCAUUCCACCCUGAUGGACGGGUGGAGUGGUUCACCCAAUCGGGCCUCUUCACCUUUGAACGCCCGACCGAGCCGCCGCCUUCCCAUGCGGAGCGGGAUGCCAUCGUCGCCGAGGCCAUUCAAGAGGCCAUUGAUAAGGAAGAGAAGCGACUUGCGGAGAAGCGAAAGACGACUUCUCCUGCGACCCCUCAGGUCACAGAGGGGAAGCCCAAGAAGACGGAGCCGUGGGAGAAACUGCCUCUGGAGAAGCAGAAGAAGGUGUAUCAAAACACCAUCCACCCCAUCAUCAAGCCGAUCGUAGAUCGGUUCCAUCACCGGAUCCCAAAGGAUCACUUGAAGCGCUUCGCCAAGGAGAUCUCCUUGAAGGUAGUCGACAGCGACUACAAGAACGAUCGGGUCACUGACCCGACCAAGGUCUCGGCCAAGCAGCAGGCCAAGAUCAAGUCCUACUGCGAGGCCUACUUUGCCAAAGCUGCGGCAAAGUUCAAGGAGAAGGAGGAAGGUGAUGGCACGCUUAAGCGGAAGCGUGAGGGGGAGGUUUGA